UAGCAAUUCUUUGGGCGCGGGAUCGAAUAGACAGGUGCAAAUACCUGCCGCCUAUGUAUGGAGGGGUCCUCAACUUAUAAGCGUAGGACAUUCGUCUAGUCGGUCAGGAUUAUUGCGUGCUUGAUAUGUGUAGUGUUUGUUGAGACAGCCAAUAUGUGGAUAUUAGCAUUGCUAUCAUGUGUUAGCGUGGCGCUGGCUGCACCGGUGUCGGUUGGAUACGGAGCGGUGUACGCAUCCGCGCCGAUAUUACACGCACCCGUCGUACACGCACCCGUCAUACACGCAGAGCCCGUGUCAUACCCAAAGUAUGCAUUCAACUACGGAGUCAAGGAUCCCCACACCGGUGACGUCAAGUCACAGCAAGAGCAGAGAGACGGCGACGUCGUCAAAGGUAGUUACUCCCUAGUGGAGCCUGACGGUACGACGCGAACGGUACAUUACUCGGCAGAUGACCACACCGGUUUCAACGCCAUAGUGCAGAGGACUGGCCAUGCUGUACACCCGGUAGUGGCACCAGUAUCUCAUUACGCUCCAGCACCUGUUCUGGUUGCAUCCCACGGCCAUUACUAGCAAUGAUGAAGAAUUCAAUACGCUAUUCAUGUUAAAUAAUACCGACAUUCGCUACAAAUUUAGCUGUAUACAUUAAUUUUAAGGAGAGUAAAGCUCAAGUUGUUUAAAUGUGAACUUUAUUUAGUUAAAAAUCCAACUUUGUUAUCUAGACCAAAGGUUUAAAAUUAUUAGAACUUCUGUUGUGCUUUUUGCUUCUACAAAAGUUCUAAUACUUUUUUAUGCCUGCUGGUUUUGGAUCAAGCAUUUAUCAUAUUUUCUAAUGUUAUAAGUGAUAUCUGAAUGGUUUGCAUGGAAACAUUUGAGUUUUACUAAGAAUUUUGGAAGCGGAACCCAAAAGUAUUUCGUAUUUUAAUUAUUUUUGUAUUGUAUAAGUUUUGCCUAUGUUACUUUACUUGAUAGUGUCUUCCUAUAAUAGCAUCUGAAGUACAAGUUUAAUUAUAAUUUAUUAUUAAAA